AUGCCUACCCAACUUGAUAGAGCACUCAACUCAAAGAACCUCUUCUUCGGCUUUGCAGGUCUGGUCGCAGCAUCAGCAGCAUGGUCCAUCUUCGGCAGUGACAUCUUCCCCCAGGAGGCCGACCCUACUGGUGAACCCGAAAACUGGACUGAAGAAGAGAUGAGAAGAUGGUUGAACCGCAGAAACCUCAUGGCCAGCAGCUCAUCAACCAAGGAAGAGCUAUUGGCCAGAGUAAAGGCCAACAUGCGUGCACCCAACUAA